AUGCAAAUUAGUUUCACUGCGCUAGGUUCGUACGUGUUGUUGUGGCUUGUGAAGGAAGUAGACGACGAGAAAGCAGCAGUUGACAACGAGAAAGCAGCAGUAGGCGACGAGAAAGCAGCAGUAGGCGACGAGAAAGCAGCAGUAGGCGACGAGAAAGCAGCAGUAGGCGACGAGAAAGCAGCAGUAGGCGACGAGAAAGCAAUAGGCGACGAGAAAGCAGCAGUAGGCGACGAGAAAGCAGCAGUAGACAACGAGAAAGCAGCAGUAGACGACGAGAGCGAUAAAAUCCGAUUCGCGAUGGCGGAGAGCCGCGACAGCAGAGGCGCGAGGGGGGAGCGCGAGGAGGGGCGCGAGGGGGGGCGCGUUGCAGGGCGCGGAGGGGGGCGAGAGGGGGUGCGGGUGCGGGUGAACCCAGCAACUUCGGAGAGCAUUGGUGUGAGGCGAAGGAAGGAGAGGCAGACAGCGAAGCAGAAGCGAGUGAGCCGAGUGAAGCGGAUGGUGUUGCAGGCUAGGCAGGCGCGGGGGGAGGGGGAGAAAGGGGAGGGGGAGCAGGGGGAAGGUGAGAAUAGGGACGCGGAGGGGGAGGGGGUGGGAACGGAAGAGAAGAUGAGCGAACGAGAGGGGUUGGGGGAGGAAGCGGGGGAGAGAGUGGGAAUGGGAGAGGGAGAGGAGGAGGAGGAGGAGGAGGAGGAGGAGGAGGAGGAGGAGGAGGAGGAGGAGGAGGAGGAGGAGGAGGAGGAGGAGGAGGAGGAGGAAGAGGAGGAAGAGGAGGAGGAGGAAGAGGAGGAGGAAGAAGAGCGUGUGGUGCAUGGUGAUGGUGGGAGGAAUGGAGGAGGCACGGGAUGGUUGGCGCAUGAGAGGCGUGAAGGGGCAUGUGCGGUGGGGGUGGGAGAUGGGAGGGAGGGCCCAGAAGGGGGAGAGGCGAGGGAGGGACCAGAUGGGGAAGAGGGGAGGGUACGGUUAGGGGAGGGUGGGAUGGAGGGCAGGGGCGAGGAGGGGACGGUGGUGGGAGAGGAGGAGGCGGAGUGCAGGGAAGUGGCGAGGGAGCGAGGGCAAGGGGUGGAGGGUGAAGUGGAUGGGGGGGAAGUGGAUGGGAAACGAGUGGGUAGGCGAAGGCGAGGGAGGAGAAAGGGAGGAGGAAAAGUGCAAGGGAGGGAGCAAGAAGGGAAGGAGAAAGGAGAGGAGGCAUGGAAAGGAAAGGAGAUGGGAGGGGAGGUGAAGGUGGAGGAGGUGCAGGGAGGGGAAGAGAAGAGAGGGCAGGAAGGCAGUGCGGUGAAAAGGCAAACUCCGCCGACCACUUACAUUGGCGUGGAUGCAUGCAGCAGGUGA